AUGUUCGGUCGCCAGCGCAAGGGUGGCGUCUUGGAGGUGGAUCUGCCGAACGCGAAGGCAUGGGGCGGAGAGGUGAUCUGGCGGCUGCGAUGGGACGAGUUUAACCUGUGUGACGAGGAGGAUUACAUGUACGAACGCUUUACGGUCUACGGUUUGGACUGCAGCUUAGUGUUCCGUCCCAUGUUUUAUUUUCAUUUGGACGUAGCAGGGGAGUUCGAAGUCCACGCGGUGAUCAACGGCGAGGAGUUCACCUUGACGCAGAACAAAAGGCAAGUGUCCCCCAAUCGUGUUCCUGCGGGAAAGGAUGUUGAAAUUGUCAUUCAUUUUGUGAGACUUGCUCCUAACAGCCUGACAGAUGCAUUGCCCAAGCUGCUGUUGAAAUCUCACCUGCAAAAGACGAAGGCUUUACGAGCCGCAGAAGGCGAGGCAAAGCGCCUGGAUGGUGAGUUGCAAGAGUCGGAGGCAGAGACAAAGCGGUUGGCCGCAGAGGUCGACCGCUGUCAUGCUUUGAUCAACGCAGGGAGCCACCAGGCUGCUGAGCGGGAGUGCCGUUUGACCGGUUCUGCGGUGAAGAUUCAGGCUAAGUGGCGCCAGGUGUUGACUCGGAGGCGGUUUUUGCGGGAACGUGAUGAGACAGACCGGCGCCUGCGGCAGGCGAAGCGGGUCAGAGCCAUUUUGUGUUUGCAGACCCUUUGGCGCUUGAAGCAGAAGAAGUGUCAACGCCGGUGGCUACAUGCACAGAAUGGUUGCUCCAACACAGAGACUCCAUACGAUGCAAUUCUGGACUGCAUGGCUUUGCUUACAUCAGCUUUCGAUUCUUUGGCAGAGUUUUUGAAGGAAGGCAAGAUCGAGUUCCUCCAAAAGGCAGAAUCACUUCUUGAAAUCGCAAAGGAGAGUCGCUAUCGCGUCGUUGCAGUCGUUGGGCUCUUUGACAAAGGCAAGACCUGGCUCCUGAACAAGUUGUUUGGCGCGAACCUACCUGCUGGAAAACUUUGCACCACGAAAGGCUUGAGUUUCCUUUGGAUCAAAGAGCGCCGGAUGUUGGUGCUUGACUCUGCUGGCGUGCAAUCCACUGUCUCGUAUCGAGCACAAGCUGUGGACGCCAUCCAUGAUGCUCAGACCACCGAAUCCUUGAUGUUUGAGAUGGUUUCAAGGAUUCGGACUUGGCAAAACUACAAUUUGCGAUUGCAGCACAUGGAUCCUUUCAUUGUCGUUCUUUGCAUGAUUUCUCAUCGUAUGGUCUUUGUGGUCAACGAUUUGACCUGGUUUGAGCAGAAGUAUGUGGCGAUGCUCCAUCAGAAGUACGUGCAGUGCAAGCAACACAAGGAACUCAUUGUCGUUCACAACCUGAGAAACACUUGUGAUGUGGCAGAAGCGAGCAUGCUCUUCAGGCGUCAGGUAAUGCAGUGCUAUGACGGAGAACCGUCGCACCAGGCCAAGCUGAUUUUCACUGCAGACCUUGGUGAAGGAGUUCCUCCAGUGCAUCACAUCGGGCUCUGCUACGAGUUCUCCAAAGCAGGGGAUGCGUUCAAUGCCACGAACCGCGAGUAUUUGCUCCAGAGCCUGGAACAUGGCAACACGCUGGGAACCAACAUCGUUCUCACUGACUUGCUUUGUUCAGAGCUUUCCCGGCUUCUUCCCAAAUUUGUCAACAUCGAGACCAUUGAACCGGAGGCGUCAGCUGCUUCAGAGCAGGCUGUUUCAGUGAUCUUCCAGGGUGCCAAUGACAAGGCUUCAGUCCCCAAAGUUGAAGGCACUCGCUACGCUUCUUCUGGCACCUUCUGCAUGCGCCUCUCGAACGACAAAGCUCGCGUGACGACCAAGACCCGUGGCGUCAUCUCCCCACUGGGAGAGAUCAUCGCUCACGACGUGAGCUUCGAUCCCAUUGUGCAUGUCUUUGACAAAGCCAUUGACACUGGCGUGCAGCGUUUCAUUCGCAUCGAAUGUCCAGGCAUUGUGGAAGAGGAAAUCGAAUGGCAGGAGCUUCCUAACGGUGUGAAGGUCACCAUCAACAAGAAGCCGCCCAUCGAGGAACAUGCAGUUCAGCCGGUGGAGCCCAUUAGGCAGCAUCACGGAAUGUGGGAGCGCGAGUUCUUCUUCGAUCAGACAGAGGGACGUUUUGAGCUUUGUGAAGAUGAAGCCAUGCUGGAGAAUGGCGUUCUCACCAUGGUGCUGAAGAAAGCCCUGCAGCCUCGCAAGGGGCGCUUGGGCAAAGCACGGGCUCGACGCCCGGAUGCCCAUGCACAAGGAAAACUGCACCUUCCGCUUUCUGCGAGCGCAUCGGAUUGCACCUCUGCGAUCCUGGUGUCGGAAGUGGCGUCGGAGGCUGCGAGCCGAAAGCUGGCCGCAAUGGCGUAG